GGAAAAGUUAUAACGUCUGCUGGGCGCACGUACAGCCGUAGGUGAUCAAAUUAACGAUUUCGGUAUUUCACUUCCUGAUUUCAAUGGUAUAACCAAUGGACGGACAAUACACGGACCGAUUUCUUUCGGGAAUUAACCUCCACUGAACAAAAACGGAUUGAGCGAACAGUUCUAACUUCAUGAUUACGCUCUAUUUAUACCUUUACUCGACAAGAGGCAUCCAGCAUCCUGACAAUAUACACAGCAUUGGCAGAGCCUUUGUUCUCAGCCGACCUUGUGACAGGUAAACUCCAGAGAUUCUGAGCCAAGGCACCGGUGCGCCACACCAUCCACUACCAUGGCCAACCAGGACUCUACCAACCAGUCCCAUGACUUGUUUGAGCAGUUUGUCCAAGCCCAGACCUGUAAGGAGGUGCAGCGUAUUUUCUCAGAGCUUUGCCACCACCUACAGGUGGACCCCAGGGACUACCAGAGCUUCUACACCAAGCUCAAGGAGAGGCUCAACUACUGGAAGGCCAAGUCCCUCUGGGUCAAGCUGGACAAGCGGGCCCAACACCAAGACUACCAGCAAGGCGAAGUCUGUGCCAAAAACAAGUGCCUGGUGCUGGGUGCAGGGCCGUGCGGGCUCAGGACAGCCAUAGAGCUGGCUCUGCUGGGGGCUCAUGUGGUGGUACUAGAGAAGAGAGACUCUUUCUCCCGGAAUAACGUGCUGCACCUGUGGCCCUACACCAUCUAUGACCUGCGUGGGCUGGCUGCCAAGAAGUUCUACGGCAAAUUCUGCACGGGGGCUCUGGAUCACAUCAGCAUCCGUCAGCUCCAGCUGAUACUGCUGAAAGUGUGUCUUCUCCUGGGGGUGGAAGUUCAAACAGGGGUGGAAUUCAAAGGAUUUGUGGAGCCCUCAGGAGCCACAGGCUGGAUGGCAAAGCUGUUUCCUGACAAUCACCCUGCUGGGAAGUUCCAGUUUGAUGUCUUCAUAUCUGCAGGAGGAGGAAGCUUUGUCCCGUAUGGCUUCAAGAGGAAGGAGCUGCGAGGGAAGCUGGCCAUUGGCAUCACGUGUAACUUCCUCAACCGUCAUACUGCAGCCGAGACCCAGGUGGCAGAGAUCAGCGGUGUGGCACGUAUCUACAACCAGAAGUUCUUCCAGGACCUGCUCACAGAGACGGGUAUUGAUCUGGAGAACAUAGUCUACUAUAAAGACGACACCCACUACUUUGUCAUGACUGCCAAGAAGAAGAGCCUGUUAAAGAUGGGGGUUAUUAAACAGGACUUUAGUGAUGCCGAUAAGCUUCUGGCCCAGGUAAAUGUGGACCAGGAGGCCUUGUUGCGUUACGCCUACGAUGCUGCCCAGUUCUCCACGGGCCACUGCCUGCCCGACAUGCAGUUUGCCCAGAACCACGCGGGCCAGCCUGAUGUGGCCAUGUUCGACUUCACUUGCAUGCACCGGGCUGAGAACGCCUCUCUGGUCAGGGAGAGAAAGGGCAAGAAACUACUCAUGGGCCUGGUGGGAGACUGCCUGGUAGAGCCGUUUUGGCCUCUGGGAACAGGUAUUGCCCGUGGGUUCCUGGCUGCCUUCGACACAGCAUGGAUGGUUAGGAGCUGGGGCAAGGGAAGACCCCACAUGGAAGUACUUGCUGAGCGAGAGAGUAUCUACCAGCUCCUGUCUCAGACCACGCCAGAGAACACCAGUAAGAAAUAUAGCGCCUUCAGCAUAGACCCGGCUACACGCUACCAGCACGUCAACCUCAACUCCGUCAAGGCCUUCCAGGUGAAACGUCUCUAUGAUGUGGAAGAACACCUUAAUCCUGGGCGAACCAACAAGAAGCCGAAAGGCAAUUGGUCUCACCUGCGACAAGAUUCGGUUGGAGCGUUUGCGGUGCUUUUGAAGUGGUGCCAGCAGCACACUGCAGGGUACGACAGGGUGAAUGUGAAAGAUCUGAACCAGUCCUGGAGGUCUGGCCUGGCCCUGUGUGCCCUCAUCAACACCUUCAGACCCCAUGUCAUUGACAUGUCCUCUCUGGAGGAGUCUAAUGCAGUCUACAAUAACCAGCUGGCCUUCAACUUCCUGGAGAGAGAGCUGGGCAUCCUUCCCAUAAUGUCAGCCAGGGAGAUGUCUUUCAAGGGACAGAUAGACAAGCUCUCCAUGGUGCACUACCUCACACAGAUCCACGAUGAGUUCAAUGAAAGGACACCUACUAAAGAAACUCAGAGCCUUCCCCUGAAGCCAUCCAAGACCCUGUCUUUUCGGGCUGCUGUGGUCUUCCUCAACAACCUCAAGCACAACUCUCUGCAGCGACGCAAGGAUAGACUGGCAAGCAAGAAAGACGGAAACGGGAUGAUGGGAGAGGAAAAGGAUCCUUUAGCUCCUCUCUCGGCCCCUAAGGUGAACCCUGACCCUGUGAACCCUGACCCUAAACCGAGCCUGACGCCAGGCAUCAGUAGCAAUGAGGAGUGUUACUUCUGUUGCGAGCGGGUCUAUGUUCUGGAGAGGAUCAGUACUGAGGGAAAGCUAUUCCACCGGAGCUGCUUCACCUGCCAUCAGUGCGGCACCACCCUCAGACUGGGCGGGUAUACCUUCAACCAGCACACUGGGAAGUUCUACUGUGAGCUCCACUCUGAACAACUAGAGAUGGGGAACGGGCAACUAUGCCCAUCCGUUCAGGAUACAAUAGAAGAUCACAAUGAGAAGGAGAGAGGUGUGAAUGGGAUCUCCAGUGAAGAGCCCUCACCUUGUCCCUCUGAAGAUGAUGAUGAUGAUGAAGAGUACUCUCUAGACUUGGGUCUUCCUAAACCAAAGGCUCCUCAGGGUGAGGAACACCCCAGCAGCAAACAAUCUAAUCCUGUAGAGGAGCCCCAUGUCCCACCAAAUCCACCCAUAGACGUUUACCUGAAGAAAGGGUUUAAGGCCAGUGAGGUGGAGGAAGAAAAGGAGGUGGAAGAAAAGGAGGGGAAGGAGAGGGUUGAGGACCCCUCCUCAUACCCCCCGACCCCUGUCCCAAAACCUCGUCUAUCUUGUUCGGAAAUCCCCAGCCCUCAGGCCUUCCCUCCUGUACCCAAACCACGCACCAUCCUCCCCACCCCAAAAAGGGACAUGUCACCGACCCAUGUAGGGGAGAAGGGGUCCCUCGAAGCAGCAGGAGAGAAAGGGACCCCCAAGGCAAUCCCAGCCCCUGCGAAGCAGUCCCUGCGGAAGCUGCAGCUCACCGACAAGGAGAAGAACCAAUUAGUCAAUCUGAGCUUCAGCCUGGACUCUGACUCAGAGACACCUGGUUCUUCCUCCUGCUCCUCUUCAACAGUCACAGCAGGGGGUCCCAGCCCACCCAAACCUCCAGGUGCAGAUUGCCAGGAGGAGGAGGGCUACUGGAUUGGGGGCUCGAGGCCGGCGGGACACAUCCGGGAGCUCAGGAACCGCCGCUGCUUCAGAAGGAAAGAGGAGCCUGAAGAGGGCCAGGGUCAACACGGCAGGGUCCGCUCCAAAUUCUCCCCCUGGAACCUCUCCUCCCCUCGGCCGAGGAGGGACUACCGCUUCAGCGUCCUCAACAGCCACCCAGAAGUACACUAUCACCACAGUGUAUCUGAAGAUGGUGGUGCUGCUGAAGAUGAUGAUGAUGAUGAUUAUGAUGAGUUGGAUAUGUUUGGAGUAGAUGGCAUGGAUUUAUAUGAUGAAAAGUUCCAGAUCGUCCCUUCAGACCCUGUGAAGGCUGAGAAGCUACAGCUGAUGAAGAUGAGGACUUUGGCACGUCGGGCCAAGACAUCUGAGAUGCAGCGCUUCCACAAAGCCCAGUCAAUCCAGAGGCGACUGGAGGAGAUUGAGGUGACGUAUAAAGAGCUGGAGGAUGAAGGUGUGGUGCUGGAGCAGGUACUCAGAGGAGAGGAAGACAGCUGUGGUUCUCCUGGGAUGAUCGACAAGUGGGUCCAUCUGGUCCACCAGAAGAACACUCUGGUCUCUGAGGAGUCAGACCUUAUGGUGGCGUCUCGACAGCUAGAGCUGGAGGACAAACAGAGCACGCUAGAGAUGGAACUGAGACAAUACGAGCUGGAUGAUUCUGAGAAGUCUGUGGAGCAGCAGGCAGAAGAGGAGCGUGUGCUGCAGGAUAUGCUGGAGGUGGUGGACAUGAGGAACUCUCUGGUGGCCUUCCUAGACGAGAAGAGACUACAAGAGACGGAGACUGAUGAGCAGCAGUCCACCUCGCUGCUAGAGGUCAAGAGACACCCUACAGCCUCAGCUGGGGCACAGGUGUACUGGGCGUGAGGAUGGCUUGGACUGGGCGUGAGGGUGACACCUCCAGGUACACCCACUGUCACACACACACACACACGCAUACACACUUAAAUAUAUUAGUAGAGACUUGCUGCUUACAGACACACCCAUAAUGUUGCAUUUGCGAAGCCAAAGAUGUAUUGGUGAAGGUAUUUCUCCUCAAGUGUUGUGCUCAGUGUUGAGGUACAGUAUACUGACCAGAGGCAACGACACAGACCCUGGCCUGGAUAACUGGCUGUCCUUCCUGGCCUGUCCCCAUGGGCAGUCCAUCCGCAGUCAAGGCAGUCCUGCUCCAGCAGCAGCCCCAGGAUAAAGAGACCACCACAGCCAGCUGAACUCACACCAACCUCAUUGAGGACCUGCUGACAAUACAAAGCCAAGGACCCAAAGUCGCAUGUUCUUAACACAUGGUGGAUUGUGGAGAUAUUAUAUUCUGUGGGUUGGACAGUAUUGUUUCAAAUGGAUUCUGGAUUCAUGUUCAUUUAUUUUGGUAAACCUAAAUCAGCUAGUUCUGCUAAGCACAAAGGUAAUGAGAUUAUCGCAAUUCUACUUUUCUAUAAUGUAGUGACAAAAUUAGAUACAAUACAAAAACAAUUGGGCCAUAAAAAUGUGUUUUGAAAUAUCCUUAUUUUCCAUGAAAUAAGUUGCAAAAUGAACAGGAAAUAUAGUCAAGGUGUUGACAAGGUUAUAAAUAAUGAUUUUUAAUUGAAUUAAUAAUUGUGUUCUUCAAACUUUGAUUUCUUCAAAGAAUCCUCCAUUUGCAGAAAUUACAGCCUUUCAGACCUUUGGCAUUCUAGUUGUCAAUUUGUUGAGGUAAUCUGAAGAGAUUUCACCCCAUGCUUCCUGAAGCACCUCCCACAAAUUGAAUUGGCUUGAUGGGCACUUCUUACGUACCAUAUGGUCAAGCUGCUCCCACAACAGCUCAAUAGGGUUGAGAUCCAGUGAAUGUGCUGGCCACUCCAUUAUUGACAGAAUACCAGCUGACUGCUUCUUCCGUAAAUAGUUAUUGCAUAGUUUGGAGUUGUGCUUUUGGUCAUUGUCCUGUUGUAGGAAGAAAUUGGCUCCAAUUAAGUGCCGUCCACAGGGUAUGGCAGGGUGUUGCAAAAUGGGGUGAUAGCCUUCCUUCUUCAAGAUCCCUUUUACCCUGUACAAAUCUUCUACUUUACCACCACCAAAGCACCUCCAGACCAUCACAUUGCCUCCACCAUGCUUGACAGAUGGCGUCAAGCACUCCGCUAGCAUUUUUUUCGUCGUCUCACGAAUGUUCUUCUUUGUGAUCCGAACACUUCGAACUUAGAUUAGUCUGUCCAUAACACUUUUUUCCAAUCUUCCUCUGUCCAGUGUCUGUGUUCUUUUUCCCAUCUUAAUCUUUUAUUUUUAUUGGCCAGUCUGAGAUAUGGCUUUUUCUUUGCAACUCUGCCUAGAAGGCCAGUAUCUCGCCUCUUCACUGUUGACGUUGAGACUGGUGUUUUGCUGGUACUAUUUAAUAAAGCUGCCAGUUGAGGACUUGUGAGGCAUCUGUUUCUCAAACUAGACACUCUAAUGUACUUAUCCUCUUGCUCAGUUGUGCACCGGGCCUCCCACUCCUUUUUCUAUCCUGGUUAGAGCCCGUUUGCGCUGUUCUGUGAAGGGAGUAGUACGCAGCGUUGUACGAGAUCUUCAGUUUCUUGGUAAUUUCUCACAUGGAAUAGCCUUAAUUUCUCAGAACAAGAAUAGACUAACAAGUUUCAGAAGAAAGUUAUUUUUUUCCGGCCAUUUUGAGCCUGUAAUCAAACCCACAAAUGCUGAUGCUCCAGAUUCUCAACUAGUCUGAAGAAGGACCGUUUUACUGCUUCUUUAAUCAGCAUAACAGUUUUAGUGUGUUUUCAGUGCUAACAUAAUUGCGGAAGGGUUUUCUAAUGAUCAAUUAGCCUUUUAAAAUUAUAAACUUGGAUUAGCUAACAGAACGUGCCAUUGAAACACAGGAGUAAUUGUUGCUGAUAAUGGGCCUCUAUGCGCCAAUGUAGAUAUUCCAUUAAAGAAUCUGUCGUUUCCAGCUACAAUAGUCAUUUACAACAUUAACAAUGUCUUCACUGUAUUUCUGAUCAAUUUGAUGUUAUUUUAAUGGACAAAAAAAGUUAUUUAAAAAACAAGGACAUUUAUUUCUAAGUGACAUUUAUUUCUAAGUGUGUGUGUAUAUAUAUAUAUCAUAUAUAAUCAUAUAUAAUGUUAAAGGGUCAGUGCAGUUGAUGUGAUUUUCCAUUUUUUUAAACGAUAUUUCCACACUGAUGUCAAAAUUACACACUGAAAUGAUAGUGCCCUUUUUGUGUAAGAGCUGUUUGAAAAACAGGACGGUAGCUCUCAAGGAACAGGGUUGGCGAGCCCUUGUCUAGACGAUGCUAUCCACCAUUCAGGGCUGUGUAUGUAAAUAUAUUUGCAUCAAACAUUUGUAUCAACACGAUCAGACUGAGUAUAUUAAAAAAUAUAUAUUAUAUUCGUAAAAUAACACCGUGAUUUUAUUAGACGUACAGUGAUGAUUAAAAAAGUAAUUAAGACUGCAUGGGGGCUUUAAAUAUAUGAUAUUAUUGCUAUUACUAUUUUUUAUAAUUUUUCACUUUGUUAGCACUUUUCAGUGGCUCAUGUUGUGGAUUGCUUUGCAUGUUACAUUGAUAGUUAAUGUUAUUCUCCCGAGUGGCGCAGUUUUAGUUUUUUUUAUUUCACCUUUAUUUAACCAGGUAGGCUAGUUGAGAGCAAAUUCUCAUUUGCAACUGUGACCUGGCCAAGAUAAAGCAAAGUGUUUCGACACAUACAACAACACAGAGUUACACAUGGAAUAAACACACAUACAAUCAAUAAUACAGUAGAAAAAAAUCUAUAUACAGCAUGUGCAAAUGAGAUAGGUUAAGAGAGGUAAGGCAAUAAAUAGGCCAUGGUGGCAAAGUAAUUACAAUAUAACAGUGGUCUACGUCAUUGCAUCUCAGUGCUAGAGGUGUCACUAUAGACACCCUGGUUCAAAUCCAAGCUGUAUCACGACCGGCUGUAAUUGGGAGUCCCAUAGGGCGGCGCACAAUUGGCUCAGUGUCGUCUGGGUUUGGCUGGUGUAGGCAGUCAUUGUAAAUUAGAAUUUGUUCUUAACUGACUUGCCGAGUUAAAUAAAAUAUUCUCAGGGGUUAAUGGUUCUCUCUCGGAAUCCAUGUUGGAUGGAUUUUAUAUCACUUUGUGGAUAUGUGUGGUACUAAGACUCAAUUCUGAUCCUUUUUCUAAAAAUGUGUUUUUUGACCAAUCUUUCUUAGAGCUGAUCUGAUUGGUCAAAAGAUCAGAAUUUGUCUGCCUGUCUAAACGCAGCCUAUAAUAGUGUAUCGGUGAAAUACAUUCUGAAGUGACCGGGUAUUUUUUUGUUGUUGACUAUAACCCUUAGCCAUCAUUUGUCAUUUGCAAAUCUCUGUAAAUAAAUAUGUUAACUGUAUGGCCAAGUUUAAUAUAGGGAAAACUGUUGUGAUUGAGACCCGGCCAUAGGCCUAUGUAUCUUAUUGUGCUGCCAGGACAGUACUUUUGCAGAAAUUCAAAUAAAGAUAAUGCCGUUUCAGCUCCUUUUCCUAAGGACUCUAUUUAAUCUGUAUCGCUGAAGCGUUACAGAUUGUUUGAUAGAAAUGUAAAGCUAAUUUCCGAUUUAGUGGACAUAUGCAGCGUUUGCUGUGAAUGCACUAUCCGCUAACGCGGGAACCUUUCCUUUAAAUGUCAAUCAUGCUCUAAUGCUGAACUUCCACAAUACAGAUUGAACCCUUAGAACCCUUAGUUAUUAGAUUAUACGUACAGUAUUGGAGUUGUUUGCUGUAUAAGACAUGUGUGGACUGUUUUUCCAUCAUGUUUCCAUGUUUUGUUGCUGGUCCUAAUGGUUACCACUAGAGAGUGGUACAUUACAUUGUGUGACAGAGUUUGUCACGUGACUUCACAAAUUGCCCAUGAACUAUAAAUUCAGCGAGUGUUGGCUGUAAUGUACAGUUUAUUCUGAUGGCACUGGCGUUGAAUUGACUUUCAAGACAUAAUCUAGUAUAAAGAAGUAUUGUAUUUUGUUUCAUAGCAAAUUGAACAUGCUCAGUAAUACCUGCUAGCAGUGCAAAACAACUAUAUCUGACUCUUGGACUGUUUUAAUAACCUGAAUAUAAUACUGGAAGUAAUAAAAGAGGUUAUGUCACCUA